GCCCCCGCGCGGCCCCGCACAGCCCCGGCAGCGCCGUACGAUGAUCUGCGGGCGGAGGGCGCGGCACCGCCCCGAGCGGAGCGGGGGGGUCUUGAAGAAGUUGGGUGAGUGCCGGGGGGUCCCAAAGGGUGGGGGAGUCCCCGUGGUUGGGGGUCUCCGUGGUCAGCGGUGCCCCCCAUGGUCGGCAUCCCCGUGGUUGGGGGUCCGUGUGGUCGGGGGGCUCCCCGUGGUCAGAGGUCCCCGUGGUCAGAGGUCUCCUUGGUUGGGGGUCGUCGUGGUUGGGGGUCGUCGUGGUCGGGGGAGUCCCCGUGGUUGGGCAUCCAUUGGUCGGAGGUCUCCAUUCAUGGAGUUCCCCAUAGUUGGGGGUCCCCACGGGCAGGAGUGUACCCCGUGGUCGGGGUCCCCAUAGCUGGGAGUCCAUGUGGUUGGGAGGUCCAACGGUUGGAGGGGUUCCCCAUGGUCAGACACCCCCAUGGAUGGGGGUCGUCGUGGUCAGGGGAGUCGCUAUGGUUUGGAGUCCAAUGAUUAAUGGUCUCUGUGGUUGGAGUCUCCUGUGGUUUGGGGGUCUCCAUGGUCAGGGGGGUCGCCCACUGUCGGGGUCCCCAUAGUUGGGAGUCCGCCUGGUUGGGGGAAUUCCCCAUGGUCAGGGGUGUCCAUGGUUGGGACCCAGUGGUUGGAGGUCAUCAUGGUAAGGGUCCUCAUGGUUGGGAGUUCCCAUAGUCAGAGAUCCUCAUGGUAAUGGGGGUACCCAUGGUCAGGGGUCUCCACAGUCAUGGGUUCCCAUAGUUGGGGGUCUCUGUGGUCAGGGAUCCCCAUGGUUGGAGUUCCCAUGAUUGAGGGUCCCCAUGGUCAGGGGUGUCCCUAUGGCCAGGGGUCGGGGGCCCAGAGUUUGGGAGUUCCCCACAGUUGGGGGUCCGUGCGGUCAGCGGUCCCCAUGGUCGGGAACAGCCAUUUCCCACCCCAGGAGCGGUGCACGGCCCUGGGGCUGUUGUCAAGGAGUGGUUCCAAAAAAUAAAUAAAAAGGAGGAAAUAAUUUCAUGGAGAAUGGACGGAAAUGUCCCGUCAGACCGGGCGUGCGGUCACCGCCAGCCUGGGGACAGGGUUGGGGUGGGGAGGGCGGGUGGCAGCCCCGCUCCUGGUGCUCCCACACUGGAUUGCAGCAGCUUUGCUGGCGUUGCACAGCCCUGGCCAAGAGCUCAGCAAUGGCUGUCGGAGGAUGAGGACCUCCAGCUGAUGCUGCAGGGCUCCCUGCUGCGCAAGGUGACGUCGCGGCGGGCGAAGGAGCGGCGGUUCCGCCUGCAGGAGGAUGGGGUCACCGUGGUGUCUGAGCGGCGCUUCGGGCGCGCGCCCUCCAAACAGAGCUUCUCCGUUGCGCACAUCACAGCAGUGCACCGGGGGCACCAUUCGGAGGGGCUGCGCCGGUACGGCCGUGCCAUCCCCGAGCAGCACUGCUUCACCAUCGCCUUCGAGGGCGGGCGCAGGAACCUGGACCUGGGGGCACGGGAUGAGGACGUGGCACUGAGCUGGGUGCGGGGGCUCCGCACGCUGCGGGGGCGGCUGCGGGGCAUGAGCCAGCAGGAGAGGCUCGAGCACUGGAUCCAUGGCAUGCUGCAGCGCGCCGAUAGGGACAAGGACAACAGGAUGUGCUUCCAGGAGGUGCAGAUCAUGCUGCGCAUGGCCAACAUCCACAUGGACAACGCCUACACCCACCAGCUCUUCGAGGAAUGUGACCACUCCGGUGAUGGGCGGUUGGAGGACCGGGAGUUGGAGGACUUCUGCCGGCGGCUGCUGCGGCGCCCGGAGCUGGAAGAGCUCUUUGGGCGCUAUUCGGGUGAGGACUGCGUGUUGUCGGCCGAGGAGCUGCGGGAUUUCCUGCAGGACCAGGGCGAGGAGGGCACCCUGCAGCAGGCCUGCGCCAUCAUCUGUGCCCACGAGCUCAACGAGAAGGUGCCAGGGUUCAGCACUGCACUGCCUGGGGACAUCCAUAUGGGGACAACCCACGAGGUGCCACCUUUGCCACAUCCCCCAGCCCGGCAGCAGGACCUGAUGACACUGGAUGGCUUCACGAUGUACCUCCUGUCACCUGCUGGUGACAUCCUCAACCAGGAGCAUACCCAGGUACACCAGGACAUGAGCCAGCCCCUGUGCCACUACUUCAUCUCCUCGUCCCAUAACACCUACCUGACCCGCAACCAGAUUGGUGGCACCAGCAGCACCGAAGCCUAUGUCAGGGCACUGAUGAUGGGAUGCCGUUGCGUGGAGCUGGACUGCUGGGAGGGUCCCGAUGGGGAACCGAUCAUCAGCCAUGGCCAUACAUUCACCUCCAAAAUCCUCUUCCGUGAUGUCAUUGAGGCCAUCCGUGAUUAUGCCUUCAAGAGAUCACCAUACCCCGUCAUCCUCUCGCUGGAGAACCACUGUGGGGUGAAGCAGCAGGCCACCAUGGCGCAGCACAUGAAGGCCAUCCUUGGGGACAUGCUGCUGACACAGCCCCUGGAAGGACAGGACCCCAGCGUCCUCCCAUCCCCAGAGCAGCUGAAGGGGAAGGUCCUGGUGAAGGGCAAGAAGCUGCCGGAGCUGCAGCCUGAGCCCUGCGGUGUCACCUCCAUCCUGGAUGAAGAGGAGGAAGAGGAGACAGAGGAAGAGGACAGGCUGCAGGCCAAAGAUGCAUCGCAUGUGGCCCCAGAGCUGUCAGCCAUGGUGGUGUACUGCCAGGCCACCCCCUUCCCCGGCCUGGCCCAGGCCCUACAGCACCCCCGGCCCUAUGAGAUGUCCUCCUUCAGCGAGAGGAAGGCCCGGAAACUCAUCAAGGAGGCAGGCCCCGCGUUCAUGCGCUACACCUCCCGGCAGCUGAGCCGUGUCUACCCUUUGGGAUUGAAGAUGACCUCCUCCAACUACAACCCCCAGGAGAUGUGGAACGCCGGCUGCCAGCUGGUGGCCCUCAACUUCCAGACUCCAGGCUACGAGAUGGACCUGAACACCGGGCGCUUCCUGGGCAAUGGGGGCUGUGGUUACGUGCUGAAACCCCAAUUCCUGCGCAGCCCCCACAGUGGCAGCCCCCGCCCCCUCGUGUUGCGCAUCAGGGUCAUCACGGCACAGCAGCUGCCAAAGCUGAACCGGGAGAAGCUCAGCUCCAUCGUGGACCCCUUUGUUAGGGUGGAGAUCUAUGGGGUGACGGCGGACUGCAGCAAGCAGCAAACUGCCUACAGGAGCAACAACGGCUUCAACCCGCGCUGGGAGGAGACGCUCACCUUCCAGCUGCAGGUCCCUGAGCUGGCGUUGGUGCGCUUUGUGGUGGAGGACCACGACAGCACCUCCUGCAAUGACUUCGUGGGGCAGUUCACGCUGCCGCUGGGCAGCAUGCGGGAAGGGUACCGCCACAUCCACCUGCUCUCCAAGGACGGCGCAUCCCUGUCCCCUGCCACGCUCUUUGUGCACGUCACAUGCAGAUGCCCAUGAGGUCCCCGUGGCCAACGCGCUCCUCCAUGGUGUUCAGGAUGUCCUGCAGGGACAGGAUGGGGACACUGCUCUCCAGCCAGGGUGACAGCAGGGCUGCCUGGGGUCCCCAGUGGGGUAGGGGACCCUGUCUGUGUCCCAUUUGCUGGCGCUCACACCCCACUUUUCCCCUCUGGCUGAGACCAGGAGAUGGGGACAUGGUGACAAGCAGGACAGGGUGGUCCAGCCACCACAUUCCCAUUGCAUCUGCAGGAACAUGAUGGUGACAGCAACUUCACCAGCUCCAUCCUGACUCCUUUGGGCUGCAGGGAUGGUGCCUGCCACAAUGUCCCCAAGGGGACUCUGCCACCACAGCCAUGGCGCUGACCUUCUGUAUGGUUUGGUGCCCAAGAACCAUUGACAGAUUUGUACCCAGUGCCCAGUGGGUCGAAUAAAGGUUUAUUGAACAGCC